UCCGGUCACACUAAUAAAUUUCGCGCUGUAAAUUCGGAAAAUAAACAAUGUCGAUUACUUUAGAUUUUAAUGGCAAAAACUUGGCCAAAAGUAAAACAUUGGAUUUGCACUAUUUACCGGCGAAGAUAGACGGAGAUGGUGAAGCCAACGUGGAGCAAUAUUUCAAUAACUACACGAGGGAGGCCACCGACUACGGAAGCGGCGUGUUUACAAAUGCUCUGCGCGGCUAUCCACUGAUGGGACAACAAUUGAAAGUUCCGGAAGGAUUCAAGGGUAUAGUGCUGCAGGAAACGGAAAAACCCUUGAGCGAGUCUUCCGACCGGCAGCUACGUCUUACAGGAGUUUUUGAUGAGUUUACUUACUGGAACUACGACAAAGUACCCUCCAAUGGCGAUGCUUACCGACAGGCCCUGCUCAUGUCAGAUGUGGCUCAAGCGCUUGCACAACCCAUUAACGAAAAGGACUUGGAGGCAGAAAUCGCCAGAAACAAAGAGAACACAAAAGCCAGCCCAUAAAUUCUUAUGCGCUUACAGCGUUUAUUUAUAUAGUACUCCAAAAGCUAAUCAAAUAUGUAUUCUUACAAAUCGUAAAAUUUAUAAAAAAGUAUAAAUAUCCCAAAA